GGGACGCCUCAACUUUGUGAAGUGACAGUUGAUUUGAACUAUUACUUCUCAGUCAGUCAAAAGUUAAAGAUCAGGAUGAGGACCUUGGUUCUUUUGGUUCUUCUGGAAAUACACGGUGCUGCGGCUGUGACCCACAGUCUGCAGUACUUCUACACAGCAUCCACUGGCAUUGAACGGUUCCCCAGAUUCGUUGCAGUGGGUGUUGUGGAUGGAGAGCAAAUUGAUUACUAUGACAGCGUUUCAGAGAAGAAUGUCCUGAAGCAGACCUGGAUGGAAGGAGUUAGAGAUGAGAGCAGAAUCACAGACAUCAGACGAGGAGCUCAACAGUCCUUUCAAGGCAAUAUUGGAAUAGCAAUGGAGCGGUUCAACCAAACCACUGGUGUUCACAUUUUCCAGUGGAUGUACGGCUGUGAAGUGGAUGACGAGACAAAAGAGCUGAAUGGAUAUGAGCAGUUUGGUUAUGAUGGCGAAGACUUCAUAACAUUAGACACAAAGUCAGGGUCAUGGGCUGCUCCAAAACAACAGGCUGUUAUCACUAAACACAAGUGGGACAGUGACACAGCUAACACAGCAUACAAGCUGGAUUAUUACACCACGAUUUGUCCUGACUGGCUGAAGAAGUAUCUCAACUAUGGGAAGAGCUCUCUGAUGAGAACAGUUCUUCCUUCAGUGUCUCUCCUCCAGAAGUCUUCUUCCUUGCUGGUCACCUGCCACGCUACAGGUUUCUACCCUAACAAAGCUGAGUUGGUCUGGAGGAAAGAUGGAGUGGAGUUUCAUAAUGGUGUGCACAAAGGAGAGAUCCUCACCAACAAUGAUGGGACCUUUCAGAUGAGUGCUGACCUGAAUAUUAGCUCUGUUCCAGCUGAAGACUGGAGGAUGUAUGACUGUGUGUUUCAGCUCGCUGGUGUGAACAAGGACAUUGUCACCAAACUGGACCGAGAAGUGCUGAAGACCAAUGAAGGUCCUUCAGGAUUCCCUGUUGGUGCUGUUGUUGGUGUUGUUGUUGGAGCAAUGGUCUUACUUGGAGUUGCUGCUUUAGUCUACUUCAAGUGCUUCAAGAAGGAAAACGAUGGAUUCAAACCUGCAAACAGUAAGUAUUUUAUUAUAUAUGAAAGUUUUGUUCUUUUACAGGUAUUUGCUUUCUUUUAUUGUAAUUUAAUCAUAUUUGUUUGCUUCAUUUAAAGAUUUUUAAAAUCGCUAAGAGAAACUUAUUCAAAAUCAAUCAUGUUUUUUCUGAAAUUUAAUUGAUAUUUUAUUUUUAGCUUCUGACACUUCAUCUUCAUCAUCUGAGGGUUCAAACACAAAGAAAGAGCCCAUUGAAGAGCAGAAAAUGAUCAACUCCACUGCAUGAAAAUAAUUUGAGUGUACUAUAAAAAUUAAAAUAAAAAACAGAAUUCAGAUUAUUUAAAUCUUUUUAAGUUUACUCUCCAGGAAUAUUUCUAAUUAAUUAUUAUCUUUAAUCCUCAUUUUCAAAGUUAACUUGGGCACAUAAUUCAGUUCUCUCUAUAGGUUUCUGAGACUGGUUAAAUAUGAGGUAGUCAGAAUUGAUAGUUUUUUUAUUUAUACAGUGGAGGAUUUAUUUCUAUCUGAAGAGAACUGAUGUAUCUGUCCAGAUUGCUAAGCAAAUGUUUUGUGCAUCACUGUAGAAACUAUCAGUUAAAGACAUGAAAAUGAUAUUUAGAAAAAGCUGUUUUUCCUCUUUGUUAAUCUUGGUUAAAAAAAAAUGUUGUUGAAUUAAUAUGGGUGCAUCAUAGCAGUUUGAAUCUCUCCUUGGUGUGUAAAUAUUCUGUUUUAAUCAAAUUUAUUAUUUUACAAAUUACAAUAUUUCUGUCUAUCCUAAAUUGAUUUAAAAUGACAGUGAUAUAUAUAUAUAUAUAUAUAUAUAUAUAUAUAUAUAUAUAUAUAUAUAUAUAUAUAUAUAUUAAUCUACUUUAUUGUAACAGUUUGGUUCAAAUAACUUUUUUUUACCAUUUACCAUUUUUUUAAAUGUCUCUGAUAGGUCUUUUUUGGCUUCUGUUGACAUUUUUCUGUAGGAUCUGUUAAUCAUAGUUUGUGUUCUGGUUUGGGAUUAUUGGGGACUUUGUUGUAUAAAGUAUGACAUUCCCAUUUUGUUAUAACUUGGACAAAUUAAAUUCUGAUAAAUAAAGUGCUUCCUGAAACAGG